AUGGAAGUCAGGCGCCGCAAUGUUGGUGGCUCUCAUUCGCCCCAGCGAAGUCCUUCGCAAUUACUCCAAUCUUUCGAUGUUUUUACCAAAUUGCCAGACGAUUGCAAAAAAUCCACGAGCAGUGGAGGUGCAGUCACUCUGCUUGUAAUGGUUCUGAGUCUUUUGCUCAUAAUCUCCGAAAUACGGAACUAUGUGGACCCAAAAUUGGUAUAUUCCUAUGAAGUGGACAAGGAAUUCGGCUCAAAAAUCCAGAUAAACAUUGACAUUACGGUGGCGUCCAAAUGCGAAUUUAUCUCAAUGGAUUUGUUGGACCUCGCUGGCUCGGCUGUGUAUUCGCAAGGCAAAGCCAAGUAUAAGAAAGCUUCUUUCAAGCUAAGUGAACAAAACCGGGAGGCGUUUGAGCGAAGGAAAACUUUUGCCAACGCCCUCCGUACAACGCAUCACGCGGUGCCCGAGAUGCUGUGGAAGAGAGACAGCUCAUUUACUGUGAACUCGUUCACAGAUACGAUAGAAUCCAAUGAGAUAAAGGGACGGCGGCCGUACGACGCGUGCAAUAUUGUGGGAACAUUUCAUGUCCAGAAAGUCGCCGGGAAUAUGCAUGUGCUACCGGGGAGGCCUUUUGAUGGGCCAGGAGGCUCCCAUGUACACAUCGCACCUUUUGUGCAACUGGCAGAUUUCAACUUUAGUCAUCGUAUCAACCAUCUGUCUUUCGGAGCUCAGGUGGCCAACCGUGUUAAUCCUUUGGAUGCAGUCGAGGAGAUCUCUUACAAUCCGUUGGAGAGUUUUCGCUACUACAUCAGCAUUGUUCCCACUCGGGUUGUGUAUGCCUUCUCAUCGUUGGAUACCUAUCAGUAUGCUAUCACAGUGAAGAAUCGCACAGCAGAGGGCAACAAAAGUGAUUCAGUACCUGGUAUCUUCUUCUCCUACGACACCUUUCCUUUGUUGGUUCAAGUGACAGAAUCCAGGGAGCUGUUUGGUACAUUUCUGGCACGCCUAGCGGCUCUGGUUGGUGGACUGUUCGCCACAGUGGGUUUUAUCCGACAAGUUGUGCUCACCGUACCUCAGGUCGCCUUGGAAAGUCGGUCUGGACGCCGCUGGAGUGCCAAAUGGAACCAGAUUACAAGAAAAGCAUUUGGAGUUGUAAACGGUGACAUCAAACACACCCAAACUCCUGAAAAGGGUCUGCUUAAUCCCGACUCAGCCACGUGACGUUUCAAGCAGCCUGAAUUAGUGUUUUUUUGGUUGCACCUCAGUCAACUGUGAUCUCGCCCUUUUGUAUGCAGCUGAUGACCCGAAUUUCUCUGGUCGGCUUGUGUUCUUUACUUUGUGAUCUGUCCCAAACGUUUCGGUUUUUGUUCUUCGCCGAGUUUUUCCGGUCUCCCCUUGCUGUCUCCGUUUUUUGAGUUUUGUCUAUUUUUCAUGCGUUGCAUUCGCUGACACCUGACCUGCGAGGCGUUUUGCUGGUUUCGUUUACUACUUACACUACUAAUGUACGA